UCUUAUCCUCUUAUCCUCUUAUCGCCAAACUCAUUUGCCAGUUCACGGCGUUUUGGGUUUUGAGGAUAUACGAGUCGAGUAGGUAGGAGCUCACGAGUCCAGUGGGAGUACCAGAGUACCCCGCAUCUGCUAUGUGACCUAUCUGACGCACCUCGCGUCCUCACCGUGACUGCUACAUCAUACAACAUCUGGACCUUACAUACAUUACAAUUACAUUGCCUCAAACUGCGCUUUCUUGAACAAGUACAUGACUGAGCUUGAUAGUUCAAGACUUCAUUCAACCAGCCGCUCUUCCAACGAUUAUAUUACCCUUGCGAAUAUAACACCGCCUCACGAACUAUGGCUGCACCAGCGGCGGAUCAAACUGCUCUCAUGAAAGACGUGCUGGAAGCCCUCAAGGUAUUGACAGCCAACCAGACCCAGCUCGCGGCAAAUGUAGAUGCCAUCAACGGCCGCGUAAAUAUCCUUGCUGGCAUCAAGGAAGUUGAACAUGCCGCAGCAGUUUCCAGCAGCAAACAAGAAGACAUCCCGAGCACCACGGCUCACAUAGAUAACAAAGAAGACCACGAUGUUGCGGUACCGGAGUCUCUAACUGUGGCAGCAGAAGACGUUGACCAUUCCAAUAUGCCUUCCACUGCAUCGCCCUCGAAUCUGCAUCAUACUCCAACUUCACGGAUCAUUCUUACCACGUACCCUGGCCAAAGUGGCAUAAACCCUCUGCCGAUGGACUGGGGCAACAAAGAUCCGCAAACGAGGGGACCAGUCGUUGUUUCAAGAUCGCAAUCGACAAUUCGGAGGCGUAAUGCCAUAGGAGCACACGGUGGAUCAUAUUCGAUGUACUACGCUCUUGCCGUAGCCAGCAAAGAGAUAGAACUUGACCAUAAACCCGACUUCACAAACACCGAGCCAGCUUCCAACAUUGGUCCUUUUCCACAAUGGGCCGACAAGGAGAAGAUAGUCUCUCUGGAUCCUCUUGGUCAUUUGGCACCCUGGCUUUUUAAAAACACCAUGGAUUCCGAGAAUAUUGAUAUCCGUCCAACUAUUGCCAUUACUAAAGCUCGGAUGAAUCUUCCAGAGCUUGAAGCCAGCGUUCGAGAGGGCAGACUUAUUCCUGAUGGAAAAGUGUGCUUGAACGAUCUGGGAGAGCUUGCAGUUACCAAAUUUGCCGUCGAACCAGUGUGGUAUCUCCCAGGAGUUGCUAAGCGUUUCGGAAUAGAUGAAGGUACUUUGCGCCGUUCACUCUUUGAGCAUACGGGAGGAAGCUACCCCGAGCUUAUCACGAGGGGGGAUAUCAAGGUAUUCUUACCACCAAUAGGUGGGCUAACUGUGUAUUGCUUCGGCGAUCCGGCAAAAAUGGCAGAUGCCAACGCACGCCUCGCCCUUCGGAUCCAUGACGAGUGCAAUUCAAGCGACGUAUUCUCUAGUAAUAUUUGCACUUGCCGUCCAUAUUUAAUAUUUGGAAUUGAAGAAGCUGUAAAGGAAGCCCAGAAAGGAGGAAGUGGCGUUGUUAUAUAUUUUAGGAAAGAGGGACGAGCUUUGGGGGAAGUCACAAAGUACCUCGUUUACAAUGCCAGAAAGCGUAGUGCCGAUAGAGCAUCUGAAUACUUCCAGAGGACCGAAAAUGUAGCAGGGGUGAAGGACAUGAGAUUUCAAGCACUGAUGCCAGACAUCCUUCACUGGCUUGGCAUAACAAAGAUCGACCGAAUGAUGAGUAUGAGCGACAUGAAGCACGACGCAAUCGUUGGGCAAGGUAUACCGAUUCACGAACGAGUAGAGCUGCCCGAAUCGUGGAUUCCAGAUGAUGGUCGAGUGGAGAUAGAUGCGAAAAUCACGGCUGGGUACUUUACGACAGGCUAUCGAAUGACGAGUGAGGAACUGGAAGCUGUCCGAGGAAGAACCUGGGAAGACAUCGAUCACUAA